UCCCCCCUCCCUUCCCGAGCAGGGGCUGGCGCUCUGCAGUGAUUGGCUGGCUGGGCUCGGCCAGGUGUCGGGCUCGGCGGCGAGGAGAGGCCGGGCAGGGCAAGGCGCGCGGAGGGGGAUGGCAGGAGCCGGCUGCAGCCGCAGCGCCUUGCACUGCAAUCGCAGCCUGUAGGCGCUUCCCGAGGGAAGCGGGGCUGGAACCAGGGGAGAGCCCAGCGCUGCCCCUUUCCCCGGGCGGGAGCAAGCAGCGUCCUGCUGCCCUGUGCUCUUCCCUUCUGGGAUGCUGGCUGGAGCUGAGGGCACGCCGACCGGCCUCAGCCGGGAGUUCCCUGCGGCGUGCGGGGGACGGGAGUAGCCGGGGCAGCGUUGGAGAGAAGCCUAGCAGCAAUAGCGAAGGGAGGGUUUUAUUGCAUGACAGUUCUGGGUUUGAUUGCUUCUUAAACCAAAAACAGCGGAACAGCCGCCUUCCCCCCUCACUGCUCCACAGCGCAUCCAGAGGGGGAAGGCACUGAAGGACUUGUUGACCCAGCAGGAUCAGCUGCAGCGGGAGUCGGUGUAUUUUUGCUGGCGCCUGUGAGAAUUGAUCAGUGAAGUUACUGCCCUGCUUCCAUCUUGCGUUAUUCUGAGUGUACUUUUUUAUUGUUUAUAUCCAGGAUAGAGCAAAUAAUGGGGAGGAAACUGGAUCUAUCUGGUUUGACAGAUGAUGAAGCAGAGCAUGUUCUUCAGGUGGUCCAACGAGAUUUCAGCCUUCGCAAGAAAGAAGAAGAGAGGCUGAGUGAAAUGAAGCAGAAACUUGAUGAAGAGGGUAACAAGUGCAGUAUCCUUUCUAAGCAGCAGAAGUUUAAUGAGCACUGUUGCAUUCGCUGUUGCUCUCCUUUUACGUUUCUCAUCAAUAGCAAGCGGCAGUGCCAAGACUGCAAAUACAACAUCUGCAAGAACUGCAGCUCCUAUCAGAAGAAGGACAAGACAUGGCUUUGCAAUGUCUGCCAGCAAGCUAGACUCCUAAGGACCCAGUCCCUGGAAUGGUAUUACAAUAAUGUGAAAAGUCGCUUCAAGCGUUUUGGUAGUGCCAAAGUCCUGAAGAAUUUAUACAGAAAACAUAGACUGGAGAGUGGUGCUUGUUCUGAAAUAAUAGAAGGAAGCUUUUUUGAAGGAAGCAUAGAAAAUGAAGGAAGCAUUUGUGGCAGUGACUCUACAUUCUACAGACAGACAGAAGGACAUAGUAUGAUGGACACCCUAGCUGUGGCCUUACGUGUGGCAGAAGAAGCAGUAGAAGAAGCCAUUUCCAAGGCAGAGACAUAUGGUGAAAGCCUGGACAAACAGAACGAGGCUUGUUAUUUACGGGAACAUAAGGAGGAACUGAUUGAAGAGCUUGCCACUACCAUAGUGCAGAAGAUUAUAAGAAAGCAAAAAAGUAAAGCUGAGCAGGCGGAGGCUGAUUUUAAUUGGCCACAGUCCAGAAGCAGCGGUCUGGCAUCUGUUGCUGUUUCAGAUCAGAGCAUGCUGACUUUUCCGGGCAGUCGCAGGGGAUCCUACACAUUAUGGAGGUCUCAGUCUGCAUUCUCACUGACUAGUGAAGAUACACCAAGCAAAGAUCUGGACCUAGCGUCAUCUAUGCCUGAGAUUCUUUGGAAGCAGCAGAAAGACCUAGUCAGGAGACAGAGGGAACACAAACUGUCUGCGUUACCUAGCUGGAAAAGUGUGGAUAGACUGAAUGAAACAAGUCCACCUCCUGUUUUACAAAGCACUGAUGGGAACUGGGUGGCUUUGCAGAGCAUUACGUUGCCUCGCCCUAGAAUGCUUGCCAAACCAAAGAGCCAAGUAUUCAAAGCUUUGGAGAAUGAAUCUAGUGUUGUGUCUGCUUAUGACGAGAUGGGCUCGGAUAGCGAGGACGACUACGACUGGAAUGUGGCCUUGAACAAGCUGCGUCGGAGGCCCAAGCAGUUGUCCGAGGAUUCUUAUUAUACCGAUUCCCAGUACAAUACUGAAUGGGCUUAUGGCAGUGAUCCGUACCAGCCAGUGACCUCACCUUCAUCUGGGCUAUACACCAAUACAGAGACGGUGUACUCUGAUUCUGAAACAUCUUCAGUAAAUUCCUCAAGGGAGGCUAGAGAAUCUAGCAAACUUCCCUGGCUACAAAGGAGAACUCAGAGUGACAAACCCAGAGUGGAAAAAGCACAUUUACAUGGAGAACUGGAUGUAAAUUUCAAUCCACAGGCUGACAGUUUAGAGUAUUCAGAUAGCAGUGAGACUGAGGAAGUCCAUUAUGAUUUAGAAAAGAGGUCUAGAAGGUGGAGAAAGAGCAAAAUUGUCUCAGAAGAAUUAAGUGAAGGAAAAAAUCACACAAAAACCCACAAGAAGAAUUUGAGCACAAAUCAGGUUUCUGAGGAUUUAUCAGAAGCUGAUAUAAGCAGUGAGGAUCAACACCAUAAAAUCAAGACAGACCUUGUUGAGGAAAAGCUUAAAUCCGAGUUAUUUGAACUAGCUGCUAAAAUGAGUGACAAGGAAACCUCUUCUGGUGAAGAGCAGGAGUCAGAGCCUAGAACAGAAUCGGAGACCCAGAAGGAAAGUUUGUCCUCAGAAGAAAAUGGCAAAAAUAUUCAGGAGGAGUUGAAGAAGGAAAAACAAAAGGCUUUUGAUCUCCAUUUAAAACUGCAGGUUUUAUCCUCAGUACUACAGCAGAAGUACUCUGCUGUCUCUCUCUGCAACAUAUCUACAGAGGUCCUAAAAGUCAUCAAUGCCACAGAGGAACUGAUCGCAGAAUCCACCGGUCCCUGUGAUUUCCCAGCAGAUACUCAUGACAGAGGGAGAGGGGCAUUUCCAUUAGGUACAGACCCUAUCAGACUCGAUGAGCAGCUCACCACCUUGGAAGAAAAUGUGUAUCUGACAGCAGGCACUGUGUAUGGGUUAGAGGGUCAGCUGAAUGAAUUAGAGGAUGCAGCACGCAAAAUCAACAGUGUUACAGCGGAAUCGGAACUAGCUGAUCUGGAGGAUCAGGUAGCAACAGCAGCAGCACAGGUUCAUCAUGCAGAGUUUCAGAUUUCAGAUAUCGAGAGCAGAAUUUCAGCUCUCAGUGUUGCAGGCUUGAACGUGGCUCCAUGUGUUCACCUGACAAGAAAACGGGAUCAAAAGCAAAUGAACCAGAUGCAAACAAUAGACACAUCAAGACAGCAGAGGAGAAAGCUGCCAGCUCCACCGGUAAAAGGUGAAAAUAUUGAUGCUUCUCCAGUUACUACUGUUAGAACAUUUAACAGAAACUUUAUGCUCCAAGGAUCUCUAACACAAAGAACUAAAGAGAGAAAAAGCACUGCCAAGGACUUGAUGGAACCAACUAUAGGAUCUGCUGUAAUGUACUAGACUUACAAAACUACUGCCAAUAACACACUGCCUAAGGCUGUACACUAUAGUGCCUUUAUUUAACAGCCAUUGUAUAUGUCCAAUGGAAAACGGACCCUCGAGAACCCACAAUGCCUCAGUAAUAGGGCUUUGUUUGGAUACCUCACUGAGAAAGCUGUCCAGCAUUGUGGUCUGCUAAUGGAAACUCUGCCUUAAAGUUCUCAUGAGACUCCAGAAAGGAUACUGAGUUUCAUAAGCAAGGCUCCAUGUUUUAAGAUGCACUUUUUUCCCCCCAUUGAUUGUACUAAAGUAUAUUGUCUUUAAAAUACAAUAUGUUUUUGUAUACUUAAUUUAACCAUCAUUGUUGGUCAAUAUUUCAUGUGAAGAGAAAGGUAAAAAACAAACCUGUGAUCCAUAUUUGCUGGCACGUUUGACACUGAGUUCAGUGUUUGUAGAUCAGUCCCAAUAUCAUUUUCGAAAAGACCCUCUGUGUGCUGAUAGAGCAACGUUGGCUGAGUUAUUAUUCUAUCUCCAGACCUGGGCUGUUUGGAUGCUAAAGGAGCAGUUUACAUUUGCGAUAGGCUGGCACAUUCCACCAUAGCAUACUGUGGUGGGGGACACGCAUGUAUCAUGUCUACAAAAAGAUAAAUUCUGAGUCAUUAUUUUGGCAUCUGAAAACCACUGCAAAAUCAACACCCUGCACCUCUAUGCUUAGAAGCAUAAUCCAUUUUAGGCAGUGUCCUAAAUAUUUGUUACACCCAGCAGGUGCAUCUCUGAAUUAAUCCUUAUCAAAUGUUUAAGAUUACAAAAUUAGAAUAAAACAAUGCUCGGUGUUGGAUAUUGUUCAAAGAAAGUGCUUCCUGAAAUGUAUUUUUAAACAUUAAGGGCUAGUUAUAAAAGGCCCUUGUACAGGUGCUACGAGGGGGCACCUCACCUCACUUCCCUUCCCUUGCAUGAUGCGUGGAAGGGCCUUUCAGAAUUGCAGUCCCUUUGCUCUGAGGAGCGCUGGAACUGCUCUCCUCUGUAACCUAAAGGAAGCAGAGAGGAGAUGGGGCCAUGGCUCGUCUCCCUUCCAUGCUGACCCCCAGAGCAGGAUCAGUGCACAGAGGGUGCUGAGCCGCACACCAUACAGGAGUGUAGCAGCAGACAUGCUCUCCCUGCAUCCCAGAAUGUCUCCUGAAGCUCCACCAGGGGUAGCACCUCUCUGUACUGGUCAUUACUUAAUGGGCAGUACAGAACCCUAAGGAGUGAUUAGUUUAUUUAACCACAGAGGUUUAGAAAUAAAUUUUAAAAUAUGCAGUAAUUUAAAAGUUGGGGACAUUAAACAACUUCUGACUGAUUCAAAAAAUGAUGGCCAAAAUUUUCAAAUUUGGCUGCCUCAAUUUAGGCACCUUGAUCUACAUUUAGGCUACCUACAGAAGAGCAGCCUGGUUGUCAGAAAUGCUGAGCAUUCGCAGCUCCCAUUGUCUUCCUCGGUAAUUGCGGAUGCUCAGCACUAUUGAAAAUUGGACUUACACUGUAGGUAGCCAUUUUGGCAGUUCGGGUCUGUAUGUCAAAGAGAUGGAAUAGUUUUAGUUUAGCAAGAUCUGAUCAGUAGGCUUGGAUUCUGCAUGACUAAAAGUAAGGAGCGGUUCAGAUCCAGCUUCCAUUUUGUCCAAGCCCACCCAGACCUGAUCAGAGUAGCCAGGUAAAUGGUUCCAGUGUGAACUUCCCUCCUAAUUUGAAGUCUCCUCACCAGUGCAAUUGGAUCAUCCAAUUAUUUGAAAAUAAUUGGAUCUAAUUAGAAGUGUAGGGCCAUAUCCCCUACUGGUGGAAAUCCCCAUAGUUCCAUUGAUAGCAGUGGAAUUAUGGUGAUUUACACCAGUUGAAGAUCUAGCCCAGGAUGGUCAUUCUGGGCAAAAUUAUGCCUUGUGUUAUUCUCUUGCAAUCCUCAUUAUCUUCAAUUUGUUUGCACAAGUAUGAGGACAGAACUUGGUCCAGUAUGUUUAAAAAUAGUGUGUGUGUGUGUGUGUAUGUGUGUUUGUGUAUAUAUACACACACACACACACACCAUUUAAUGAAGGAGAUUAAACGGAGUAGGAUGCCUAAUACAUUUUUCAAUCUCCAUCCAGUAGACUGUUCUCUUAUGUGUGUACAAUACAUUCCCAGAUUUUUGUUUAUGCAGGUAUGCGUGUCAUGAAAUGUCACUAAUAGUGGUUGGUUUACAUAUUUGUCUAAUAAUAAGCUAAUACUGUGUAUGUAAUAUCAAUUCAGAAAUGACUAAUUUUAAUAGAUUAAUGGCUUUUGUUCUGUUAGUGUGAUUUAAAAAACAGACUUUGGAGUAGGAUGUUUUCCAUAAGAGGCAUGAAAAGCAACUACUGUUGUUACAAUGUUAAGUCUUCUUUGACAAAAAUGUGUAUUGUGUAGGUAUUGCAAAACAAAAAACAAAACAAACCCUGCCCCACCCCGCUACAUGGUAUUUGCAUUUUUACAGAUUUACUUGUGCCAAAUAUGUGCAAAGAUUUAAUUUACUGUUUUAAAAAAAUCAUAAAAACAUGUUAUAGCACACAAA